AUGGCUGCCCCAGAAUCCGAAGUCUCAGGUACCAGGCUCUUCAUAGGCAACGCACCAGAUUCGAUUUACCUAGAUAUUCCCGAAACACGGUCCCGACCAGGUUGGAGACGUGCUUUUGGUGCGGCCAAAUGCUUCAUGAAGUGCGAGCACGCGUGUGUCGACGAUGCCCGUCUUCGUCCCACCAACCAAGCCUCACCUGGUGCGACAGUGUUCGAGACAUUAAGAAACGAAGCGAAAUGCGCUGCAAAGCAGAGAGCUCCUCAGUCGGGACCAGCGCCGAAGCAGCCCGUUUUACCGCAUACGUCGGAAUCCUCCUCAACAUGUUCAAGGCUGAUGGCUCUGCCAGCCGAACUCCUCCUCGCCGUAUUCGAACUAGCUGUUGGGCAAUAUUUCCUCUGCGGACGUUCUCAAUGCAACCCCAGCUACCCGCUAAGGUUCCCUUCCGACUGGGUUGCCCAAGUCGUUGUCUACAAUCCUCGACAGUGGGCGGAUAUGAACGUUUUUCGAAUCAACAGAGCAUUUCGAUCCAUGGCAAUCAAGUUCUACGGUACUCCAUCACGGCGUGCGCUCCCGUUCAACCCGAAAGUUGAUAUCUUUUUAAUAUUCCAGGACACCGGUGUUGGCACAAACCCAUAUGUUUGCCCGGCCAUGGAGGAUCCCAACGGACAGAGCCCCUAUCUCGCAGCAAGCGGACGCCACGAACACGAUCGAUCUGAUGACCUUGACGAGGAAAGCGAUAUCUACGACAUUAUGGCCUGGAAGAGGAGCCCGGGCAUGUUCUACUGCAAUUCGGGAGACAGAACAGGUCCCAUCCUUACUCCACCGAUUCAGCUGAGCUCACGCUUCCUGGCCAGGAUCACACAUGUGGGACUAGGGGUUCUCGGGCCAUGCAUUUACGACCUGUUACAGUGGCAGGCGGUGGCAACCAUGGUAGAGAUCCUCCUCCCUCGCAUGAAGGUCCUUACCUUCGGCAUGUGGAAAGUUGAUUGUUGUUACUGCAAGGACGUGGGCUUCGACGACGAGGAACUCAACCAAUAUGAUUUCUACCUGGUGCAGGACCUCGCAGUGUUCGAUGCUUUCUGGAACGACAACGAACAGGGCUUUCCCAGCUUAACGACACUAAAGGUCGUCAAGUUACAAGCGGCAUGCUCUCGCGAGAUAGUGGCAAACGACGACGGGCCGUUGACAUGGGGACAGCGUCUCGUGUCGGCUCCUCAGCAAUUAAUUCCUUACGCCGACGACUGCGAGUGGAUGCAAGAUAUAUGA